AGUUCACGUGAAAGAGCUUGUUAGAUUGACACGUAGGGAAUUUCUAUUCCAUCAAUGGAGAAAGUCCUUUUAACUUUAGCAAAACGCUUCUGCCAUAUGGAUCUCCUCAGGUCAUCCAAUUUUCUUGGCUUUCGCGCUUUUACUGGAUCUCUCACUCUUCUGCUUCUUCUUCACUAUAAAAAAGGGAAGGACGAAGUUUGAUUUUUGUUCUCCUUUUUUUGGAUAUUUUAUUUAUUACCAGAGUCACAGUCGUUUCUAUUUUCCCGGAUUUCCCUUUCCUUUCGCUCUUUGCUCUUUCCGGGUCCUUCCUGUUUCACGAUUCCUUUCGUGUUCUUCUCAUCUAUUUAUUUAUUCCUUCACUGUUUCUUUCAAAAUUCCCUGUUUUCCAAUGGCGUCUAUUCAACUAACUCGUAUGCUAUGGUCUUGCAAAUUAUCUACCAAUAUUGCAUUAUCGUCUCGUAAAUGUUGCAGUUUUAGGCGUACUAGGCAACUGGAUUUCGGUCCUUUGUUGAAAAGAAAUAUUCAAAAUAGGAAAUUGACGGCUAUAAGAUCUGAAAAAUCUGGAAAUGAAGGUUCUAUUUCUAGUGCAAUUGAAGGAGAAGAAAAUUCUGAUGUUAUUUCCAGCCCAGAAAAGCCUGGGCUUAUGCUGGGCAUCGACAGAGAUGAUUCUGGUUCUGUUAUUGGCUUAAACUUGAUUCCUGGUGACAAUGAAGCCAUUGACGCUGAAGUUGUGUCAACUGUUACCAAAGUCAAAGAUGAGGAAAUAAAAAAAGAAAAAAUAGAAACCAGAGUAACCUACAAUAUUGUCUUUGUUACUGCUGAAGCUGCGCCUUAUUCAAAGACGGGUGGAUUAGGAGAUGUUUGUGGUUCUUUGCCUAUAGAGCUGGCUAGCCGUGGACACAGAGUCAUGGUUGUCUCCCCAAGAUACCUGAAUGGUACGUCUGCAGAUGAAAAUUUUGCACAUGUCUUUGAUGCAAAUCGACGCAUCAAACUACAAUGUUUUGGAGGGGAACAAGAGAUUGCAUUCUUCCAUGAGUAUCGGGAGGGUGUUGAUUGGGUAUUUGUGGACCAUCCUUCUUACCAUAGACCUGGAAAUCCAUAUGGCGAUAGUCAUGGUGCUUUUGGUGAUAAUCAGUUUCGGUAUACUUUACUUUGCCAUGCAGCAUGUGAAGCUCCAUUAGUGCUUCCAUUGGGAGGGUAUACCUAUGGAGAGAAGUGUCUCUUCCUUGUCAAUGAUUGGCAUGCUGGUCUCGUGUCGGUGCUUUUGGCUGCCAAAUACCGUCCAUUUGGUGUUUAUAAAGAUGCUCGGAGCGUCCUUGUAAUUCAUAACCUUGCUCAUCAGGGAGUGGAACCUGCAGCAACCUUUAAGAAUUUGGGAUUGCCUUCAAACUGGUAUGGGGCAUUGGAAUGGGUGUUUCCUACAUGGGCAAGGACACAUGCUCUUGACACAGGAGAGGCUGUCAAUAUUCUAAAGGGUGCCAUUGUGACAUCUGAUCGAAUACUUACCGUUAGUAAGGGCUAUGCAUGGGAAAUAACAACUGUUGAAGGUGGAUAUGGUUUAAAUCAGCUAUUAAGCAGUCGGAGGAGUGUUCUGACUGGAAUUACAAACGGCAUUCAUAUUGCUGAAUGGGAUCCAUCUUCAGAUGAGCAUAUUGCUUUCCAUUAUUCUGCUGCUUCUCUAUCUGGAAAGGUUCAAUGCAAGACUGCUCUCCAACAGGAACUUGGUUUUCCAAUUAAGCCUGGUUGUCCCUUGAUUGGAUUUAUCGGGAGACUGGACUACCAGAAAGGCAUUGACCUGAUCCACUGGGCAAUUCCAGAACUUAUGGAAGAUGAUCUACAAUUUGUAAUGCUUGGCUCUGGGGACCCACUUUACGAAGACUGGAUGAGAUCAGCAGAGAAUACUUACAGAGAUAAAUUUCGUGGUUGGGUUGGAUUUAGUGUUCCAAUCUCUCAUAGGAUCACUGCAGGCUGUGACAUACUAUUGAUGCCUUCAAGAUUCGAGCCCUGUGGACUAAAUCAGUUAUAUGCGAUGAGAUAUGGAACUGUCCCUGUAGUUCAUGCCACAGGAGGACUUAGAGACACAGUAGAGAAUUUCAAUCCGUACGCCGGAGAAGGUAGAGGUGAAGGCACCGGGUGGACCUUUUCUCCGCUCACAAAAGACUGUAUGCUAAAUGCGCUAAAAACAGCAAUAAGGACGUACAGAGAUCACAAGUCAACGUGGGAGGGAUUGAUGAGAAGAUGCAUGCAAAAGGACUUCACCUGGGAAAAUGCUGCCAUUCAAUACGAGCAGGUUUUUGAGUGGGCCUUUAUUGAUCCGCCGUACAUUAUGUGAAUUCUAUACAUCUCUCUCACAGGGGCAAGGACAUACAAGUAGGCACUAUUAUGUUUUUUCCUCCCCCUCUGGGUAUAAGCUCCCGUUAGCUAUUCUUUGUUGAUAAGAGUAAUUAGUUUGCAAAAUGCACUUAUUUUCAUUUUAAUUUUAUAUGGUUGGUAUUACAAAAGUACCACUGUAAUUUUUACAAACGGAGUAAUAAAGACAUUACUGCCUUGUCGUUA